ACACACACAGUUUCCCUUCUUUUUCUUGCGCGCGCGAUUUUUUUUUUCUUUCUCCCUUUAAAUUUAUUCGAACUUGGAAAUUUAAACGUGCGUGCGAUUGGCAAGUUGAUAAUAAACGAAUGUGACACGAAUAACGUGACCAGCUGUUGUUACGAGUGCAUGUAUCGAACGUGUGAAAGAGUUUUCUUCUUUUUUUUUCUCUCUCUCUCUCUCUCUCACUGUCAUCGAGUGGACGGAGACACGUGUAGAAAGAAAUUAUCAAUGGAUUGGUGUUACAAGGGAGAAAAAAGGAAAGGGAAAAAUAUAAAUCGAACAAAUUCCAUCGCGUCUCGAGAUAAAUUCCAUUCCUACAUGUGAAAGUGGAAACUUUGAUCGAUGGAAAAAUAAAGAUAGAAAUUUUUGAGAAAUAAUUUUCCAUUGAGGAAGAUAAGAAGAUGUGAAAUAAUAGAGAAGACGAGGAAAAAAGCAAAUCGGAAUAAAUUCUAAUUUUGGAUCAAUUUGUACAUAAAAGAAUUCUCUUCUCCGUGUUUGAAAACGCUCUUUCGACAACUGUCGCCUAUAAUUCGAGCAUAUCGAAAUAUUUUUGAAUACGAAGAUGAUCGCCGGAUAGGCAGGGGAGACGCACGAGAGAAAUUACCUCAACGAGGAGGAAUGCGAAACCGCAGGAUUUCGAUGAAUCAGACCCAGAAGCAUCUCUCGGCAAAAAUUCGUUCCCGACGAGGAGAGAAAAAUUCUUGCCUAUCUCCUUAACUCGAAUUAAAUUAUCGCGCGAUAAUUUCGACGAUCGAUCGAUACGAUGAUCCGUGAGAGAACGAGCGUGGAAUAAGUCACAGUUAUAUCUCGCGUAUUAGAGAAAAAGGAAUGAUAUGGAAGAACGGGAAGGGAAUAAUUGAGAGGGGAAAAAAUGUCGUGCAGGAAGAAGAUCGAUUCGAAGCUUUGGUUCGAAUAUUCUCAGACGAUGGAAACCGAGGUGCGGACGCUCAAGCAAGAGCUGGUUCGUACCCAAGAGGCCCUGAAGGUGGCCACAAAGAAAUGCCGUGAUCUGGUGAAAGAGCUGGACAAUCGCACCACGAGUCACGAGUCCGAGAGGAGUCUUCGGGAUCAACAGUUGUCGCGUAUACUUCGCGCUCUGCUGGUGCUCGAGGCCCGGCUCAAGCAGGAGCAGAAAUCGAUCAGGCAGCUGCUGUGCGAGAAGGACAACGUGAUCAGGAAUCAACAGCUCGAAAUCGCGAGGCUGAGACGUUACACCAAGAAUUACAUCAAAUGUAAACGCGAACAGACGCUUGGCAAAUCGUCCAUGAAGGUCGAAACGGCGACCGAUAUCGAGAACAACGAUCUUCAAACGUCCAACGUCGAUGUUAGCUCGAGGCAGGAUUGCAGUAUUAGUAAAGACAUUCAGAAUUUGAAAUGCGAGAUAAUCACGAAACUGAAUCCGUUAGAAGUACCUGUUGCGCUCGACGACCUGGACAGGGGGGUGAAGAAAACGCACAGCUUUGCCGGGAGCGACAUCUCGAAAACAAGUCUGACGAGCAGCGAGAAUACGGAUGUGUCGAUUAUCACGACCACCACGGAGGGCAGUCCCUCGUUGCUCAGCACCGAAGGUUUUUGCGAGGGUGAGAGCACCGACGUAUCGCCAAGUUCCACGUUGAAUAAAUCCAAUAGGUGUACGCCGACAAUGGUUACCGACAGCGAGAACGAGACCACGAUGAUAUACGACGACGACGACGACGACGAGGAGGAGAAAACGAUGAUUAUGGAGAACGGUUGUAAAUUGUCGAAGAAAAAGUUGGGGAUCGGCAGGGAUCGGAGAACGCAGAAAGCGUUGAAGGAAAUGGACGUGAUCGAAUCGACGAAUAUCGCGAGGACAGAGAGCAAGGACGAUGGGAUGGAUUGUAAUUUCGCGUCGGGAGAUGAACAGGAGAGGGAACAGGAACCUAUUUACGUAAAUUCUUUCAACGAGACAAAUUCGAGGAACCAUGCGGAAAAUGUAAUCGCGCCGAAGAUGAACGAGGAUUAUAGUAAUAAUAACGGCAACAGUAAUAAUACCGGGAACAAUAAUAAUAGUAUAUCCUUGAAAAUGGAAAUGGAAGAGCAUAACGUGGAAGAUACCAGCGGGAACUGGUAUAGCGAUCCUGACGAAGAUAAAAUGAACGAUGAUGUUUUCAGGCAGCAUAGCAUGUAUCGACCGAAUAGCAAUCAUAAUUCCGUUUUGGAAUGCGUUAAUCAGAUCCUCUUGCGUGAUAUGGAGGACGAAGAAAACAUUCUUUCAAUGUCCAGAAGAUUUAAGCAUCGAGGGAGAAUUGUACGGUUUCAACCGGCUAAAUUGUCGGACAUCGAGUCGGUAGGAUCUGAAAUGGAAAGGAAAAACUCCGAAGAAGGUAUCAUAGAAAAAGAAUCGGUUGACAACGAGUUCACCGAUGUUCCUACCAACAGUUUCGAACCUACUGCUACGGAAGACGAGUUUGGAAUGAGCCUUACCCAAAGUGUUUCAACUUCAAACGUUACAACCACAAUCACGAAUCACGUCGAGUCGAGUCUUGAGGAAGAAUCGGAAGAAGCAAAAGCUAUUCCAAUUGUCAUUAUAGAGCCAAAGAUCAAGAUGGAAGAAACGAGACACGCAGCUUUCCAAUCUUCGCAAGUAUCGCAAAAGAUCAAAACAUCCGUAAACGCCUCGAAUCCGCCUUUGAAAUUGGAACGAAUCGAGGAAAAGACUUGUUUACAGAUGUCUACAAAGGGACUAACUAUAGCAAAAAAUUUAGAUUACGAGGAUAUCGAAUCGCUCCCGGAAAUUAUAUCACCACCUCCUAAAACACCUCCUGCCUUGCCCCCGAAACCACAGUUUAAAAAUAACACGUUGAUCUUGAAAAAAAUUCCUAGUCCUUCGUUUCUGAUCGAUGAGACACGAAAGAAACAACAACUUCUUGAAUCCGGUUCGUCUGAACACAGCAAGAAGAUAUUUGGCUUUAUAUCCUCUCCUUUAAAAUCUACAGGGAUUAAUGUAUCGUCUGCAAGAAGCUUAAAUUUCGAUGAUACGACUAAUAAAGGUACAGGAAACAACGAAGAAGGGAACUUCUGGAAGAACAGAUUCAACAAUGUUCGAUCCUCCUUUCAAACGCGUCAGAACCACGAAAUUAGUGGAGAACAAAUGCGAAAAAUACCCAAAGUCACCAAUAUUGUUCGCCAUUUUGAAGAGUUUAAAAUUGGUGGUGAUUCGGAAGAUCAAGCAAAGAAACGCACGAAAACGAAGGAGAAACACGUCCAUUCGGAAUUCGAUCAAGAAUUUGAUAUUAGACAAAAUUUUGAGGAAUUCAAUUUGGAUGAAUGUGAUCUAUCAGAUGAUCCAGAUAGACCGGAAGGCGAUGGAUCGGAAAGACUUGGCAAUCUUGGGGUAACAAUUAGUCAGAAUGAGAAAACUGCUGCAACCAAAGACAAUAAUAAUGUUCCUCUUGCUGCGAGCAAUUCGAAUAGCGGUUACGAUCACUUUCUAGAAGCAACAGGUCUUAGCAACAAAUCCAUACUGACUCCCUCAAGGUUAUUGAGUAAUCAUAAGAGCAUGUUAAAGCCGAAAGAUGUAAAAUAUAAGAACAAAAUCAAAGCAACAGCGGUUAUGGAAAAACAUGGUGUUUCCACAACGAAUACUACACAUGUUAGACAUUGGACAGGCCCAUUUGUCUGACGAUUGGCACAAGUUUUUCCAAAAAAUCUAUUCCGACAAGAAACACCCGACGAAAGAAGAUAAAUUAGACAAAUAUGAUCUAUAUUAACGAAAGUUGAAAGAAACCGUGAUUCAAACGAAAUUCUUCUUUGUACAUGAAAUAUAUAAUUUCGUGUAAAUUA